AUGCCGCCCAUGCUCGCCGCCGCCAAGUCCCUGACUCUCUACAAGGACUUCAACAAGGAUGUGAAGGACAUGCUCACGAAGAGCUACAGCGAUGCUCAGAAGUGGAAGCUGGAGAGUAAAUUCAAGGGCCCAGAGGACAAGCUCUUUGUGAACCCCAUGGCAACGUCCGAUGGCAAGUUCAGCGUGGAUGUGGAGUACGCUCCAAGGUGCGGCGCCGCACUGAAGGCGACGCUUGAGCCCAGCACCUGCAAUGUCAACUUGACGGCGUCGUACCUCUGCCAGGGCCACAAGGUGGAGGCUGUGGGAAGGAAAAAUGGCGAGUAUGAGCUCUCCCAUGAGUUCGUGAUGCCCUCUCGCAUGUCGUCGCACGCGAAGUUGGUGAACAAAACUGUGGAGGUGGGCGUCGCGACGGCCGUAGCGCCUCACUGCCAAGUGGGACGCGGUGCGCUUUGCACCCUGGACGGAAAGAAGAACUACGACCUGACGCUCGGCUGCCGCUAUGCCUAUGCUGGCUAUGCACUGGCGGUCCGCACGAACAAGCUGCGCUCGUGCACGACCAGCUUUGUGACGCCGAUACCGAAGUGCCCCCAUCACGUGCUGGUUGGCGCCGAGGUGGUGUGUGGCCGUGGGCAGGGCUGGACGGGGACCCUGGGCUUUGAGACGGCCUGCGUGCUGUUCAAGGGCAACACGCUGAAGGCACGCGUGAACAAAAACAAGGAGUGGGCGGUUGUGUACAUCGCAAAGCUUGUGGACAACUGGACGGCCGCCGUCACUCUUGACAAAAACCUGAAACCCGGGGUACUCCUGACACACUCGUAG